AUACAUGAUUAACCACAUUCACUUUAUCACAAGAAAGCUUCAUGACUGCAUUAAUAGUUUAGUGAAACUGAUGUCUGCCUAACAGUUAUGGAUGGAAUACAUCUAAUAAUUUGCCUGCUGUGGGCAUGUGUGAAUGUGUGUGAGUGUGAUCUGGCCAUGUUUGGGGAGGUUUCUUCUCCACAGUAUCCUGACCCAUAUCCAGCAGAUCUCCAGAAACAGUGGGAUUUAGAAGUGCCACAAGGCUUUCAGAUCCAGCUGACUUUCAACCACCUGGACAUUGAGCCUUCUCCAAACUGUUACUACGAUUCUGUCUCGGUUGUGUCUGAUAGGAAAGUUCUGGGAAAGUUUUGUGGACAGAAUUCCACUGACAAGUUUCAUCCCAGUGACAAGCCCAUACUGGCUCCUGGUAAUCGCCUCCAGUUGCUUUUUCUAACAGAUGAUUCAAAUCACGAGUCUCACUUGGGAUUCAGUGCAUUCUACCAAGCAGUUGACACAGAUGAGUGUUCUUCCUCUAGUGUGGGAAUUGAUCCACCAUGUUCACAGAUUUGCCUCAACACCCUUGGGUCGUUCUUGUGUGCCUGUCAACUUGGAUUGAAGAAACUAUUGCAAAUAAUUAAUAUACACUGUGCAAGCAAAAACAUUAUUCAAAUCAGUUUUUAUGAGGAAUGCAAAUAGUUUUUCCCUAUUUUUGAAAGCAGCAUUGCAUUGAAGAAAAAAAUAGAGCCUAUUUAUGCCAUGUCUAAUUUGCCCAAAGAAAAAAAGCAAGCUAAAAUGCUCAUUUUAAAAAAGAAAUCACUGUAUCAAAAUUAAAGACUUUGUAGGGUGUUACUGUACCAAAGUUGAGGACUUGUGGAAUUAUAUGAGCAUUCUGGCAGAAAUAACAAACCAGGAGGCUAGCGGGAGAUGAGUGUGAAAUACGGGAUGCCCCCUGGAAAAGCGAGAGUUGUGGCAGGUAUGUGUUCUACUCAUGCGGCCCUGAUGAGCUGUCACAUCAUCAGGGGAUCAGCUGUCAGUGGGACUUUUAUUUUGAAAAUGGGAAAUAUCACAAUGUCAAACCCAGCCAGGCCAGAUUGUUCACUAUGUGUGCAAUGACUUAACCAGACAUCACGCUUGUCAGAACACAAAAUGUUCAGAUUAUACAUUUAUUUACCUUAACUAAAAGAUGCAUAACGUAUGUUUAAUUGUACCUUUUGUUAAUUUAAUAUGUUGACUGUGAAAUUUGCCAGAUAUGUUUGUAAUUAAGGGUAACACUGAGUAUUGUGUUUAAUACAUGUUUCUGCAUUGUGUUUUAUCACUCAGCUCUUACUGUGAUUUCUCUGAAGUGAAAUAAUAGCAGUACACUUUAUUCAAACUCAUCUGUUUAUGUAAAGGUUGAUAUUAAUGCCUGACUGUGUUUACAUUUACAUCAUAUAUUCAAAAUACAACACAAUACAUCUCUCUCUCUCUCUCUCUCUCUCUCUCUCUCUCUCUCUCUCUGUUUCUUUUGUUUAGUUUAUUUAAUGUUAUAGUUUUAUCUUUAACACAAAAUACGUUACUCUGGUGAUUUAUAUUAAAUACCCCAUUCGCUCAACCUAAGUAAAAUAAACCUCUCUACCACUUAAGUUAAAAAGA